AUGUUGUGCAAGAAUUUCACGAAGUUAGAGUUCAGGCAUAUCCCCAGAAUUCAGAACGAGUUCGAAGAUGCCCUUGCAACUUUGUCAUCCAUGAUUCAGCAUCCAGAUAAGAACUACAUCAAUCCCAUCGAGGUAGAAAUCAUGAAUCAACAUGCCUAUUGCUUCCAUGUGAAUGAAGAGACAGAUGGUAAACCUUGGUAUCACGACAUCAAGAGGUUCCUUGCGACCCAGGAGUACCUAGAAAAUGCGAUUAAUGGUCAAAAGCGAGCCCUCAGGAGGUUGACAAACCACCUUUUCCUCAACGGCGAAGUCUUGUAUAGGAGGAUCCCAGACUUAGGUUUUCUAAGAUGUGUAGACACCACCAAAGAAACCAGACUGUUGGAAAAAAUACAUGCAGGGAUGUGCGGACCCCAUAUGGAUGGGUUCACAUUAGCCAAGAAAAUUUUGAGAGCUGGAUACCUUUGA